GCGGGAUUGCAUCACUUCAUUUCGCUGUUAGACUUUAAUUACAGUAUUUACAGCGAUACAGCCAUGGCGCCGACGAGAGCGCAGCUGCUGAAAGCCGCACAGGCGCUCUGCGACGACUUUGCCGCAAAGAAAGACCUCGACGCGCUCCUCGCGCACUUUAGCACGACUCACCAAGCCACCGCCGUCGAGCACGGCGAGCCCUGCCUCGCGCCCUUCCUCGGCCGCCCCUUCACCGGCCACGACAGCAUCAGAAAGUACUUUCAGCUCCUCCAGGAGCACCUCUCCUACGAGGACAUGCGCUUCUCCGAGUGGGUGGUCGACGCGGAGGCGGGCAGGGUCGCGGUCAAGGGCCAGGCGGACUUUACGUGGACGGCCACGCAGGAGGCGUGGAGCGAGACGUUCCAUUAUGCGUUGGAUUUCGACGAGGAGCUGAAGGUGACGGAUUAUCAGGUCUGGGCGGACUCGGGGGCUGCAUAUCUUGCGAGGAAGGGGCGGUUGAGCGAGGAACGGAAAGCAGAUACAAAGUAAACUCGAUAUUGUUGCUGUAAUGUAAGAUACUCUUGAUGAAGAAUGUCAUAAAUCGUACCGUUC